CACGCACACUCUUGACGCCACGCACGGCACGCACACGAAAUGCUGUCAACAUACACACGAGCACAACAUCUCUGUCUGUCUGUCUGUCUGUCUGUGCUUGGGCUCGCCGAGUGGCUCGGCAGCUACAGCCCUCACACUUCGAUCUGCCCACCGUGUGUGUGCCUUGCCUUGUACUUGCCCAUCUCCCCUCUGCUGCUGUCUGUCCUCUCCUCUCAGCCACUGAGGGAGAGGGAGCGAGAGGAGAGGAAGAGGCCAGACAGUAGGAGGGAACGAAGGAUCGAGGCAGACAGAGGCAGCAAGGCAGGCAGACAGACAGACAUACAGACAGACAGACAGACGAGUGAGUCAGCCAUCAAUCAGGCAGAGGUAUACCAUCCAUCCAUCCAGCACCACCACACACAGCAGUAGUGUGGGGCGUACUCGUUCCCUCUCUCUGCUAUCGUUCAUUCCCAUACCUACCCAGUCAGUCGCCCCCCCACCCCCACACAAACACACACACACACACAUGCAUCCCAUGCAGCCCCGUCAGCUAUCCCCACCCACUGCCCGCCUGCUACAAAGGAAUCCACCAAGAUAGCCAGCCUGACGAACAAUCACCAUCACACACACACACACACACACACAGAGCAGACAUGCACAUGGUCACACAAUUGCACCGCCCUUCAGGUGAAUGAGUGUCACUCCCUCACCAUCAGGCAUGGGAAGGUGCUGUCAUUUCCAACAGUGUAUUGCCCCACGCCUGGGUGACGCUUGUGAUGGUCAAGGCACCGAUGUUGGCGCCGUCAGGGAGGGAGGCGGUGAUGGAAUCAUGCUGCUCAGCCGACACGCCGUAGACCUUCAGCUGUACGCGCCGCAGUCCCCUGACGCGGCGGAUCAGCGCUGAGAGGCGGGUGCGGACGAAGCGGCCGGCAUCCUCCACAUCAGCAUACACUGAAGGUGACGGAAACACACACAAGGCAGGCAGAAAUGAGGAUGGAAGGACGGACACGGACGCUUCCCCUCCCUCUCGGCGUACUUGUCAUGGUCAUGAAAGGAAGUUCCCUGAUCUUCGGCAACCUGUCGCCCGCCCCCCCCAGCAGCUGGCCGACACGGAACUCCGUCCGCACCACCCCCACCUCCCUGUCCCUCCCUAGCGCCAUCAACACGCCCACCUUCUCCCCCUCAUCAGGCAACCACGCGUCAAUCGUCACCGACUCCACCUGCUUGCCGAUGGGCAUCUUGUCGGCCAGCAGCCGGCCAGCUGCACCGCCCAAUUCACUGAAGACACUCAGCUCUCGGGCAUUUGGGAAUGGCUGCAUGUGGGUGAUGAUGGAUGGAUGGGGCGAUGGGGUGUCGUCCGGGGGAUCGAAGCCGUAGGCAUCCUUGACGACCACCUCCGUGGCCUCGUCAAAUGAGAGGCUGGAUACGAUGCCGAUGGCCGAUUGGCUGGGGUUGUGUGCGGGUCGGUGAGGCCCUCCUGAGUGAAGACGUACUGCACCGUGUAUGCCCGCGAGGCCAGCUGCUGCAUCAUGGUCUUGAAUGAGGCUGAGGGGCGGGGUGGAAAGUCGCUGUCGUAGAAUGUGUCGAGGUCAAACUCGGAUUCGGAAGGACCAUGGGUGGGGAAGGAGAGUUGGGCGUCCGGUUGGCAGCACUUCAGGAUCAGCCGGUCCAGGGCAAGCAGCACGGGCAAGGUGCGGCGGCCGACGCGGUAGUCGUCAGCAAAUUCCACCUGUAGCUGCUUGAGCGUACGCCGGCAGCCACGGGCAACGAGCGCUUCCUGAAUACAACAACACACACAUACAGGAAGGACAUCAUCAGCCAACCCACACAAGCUGCCGUGUGCGCUAGUUGUCACCUGAAGCUGGUCGACGCCCACCGGACUGUCUUCUACCACCACGACGGUGCCGAUGCUCUCCAGCUGUGCGAGUGGCCCUCCCUGCUGCCCAGCAGGUGCCGCAGGGAUGCCCUUGAACACACCCGCCCACCCCCCACUGUCAAAUCCGCCGCCCACCCGCUGCAGGGAGCGGGACGAACUGAUGAGUCGGCCCAGUCUGUCAGGGCGCCACUGCUCCUGCUGCACGAUGGCGAGUGAGGGCAGCCGCCAGCCCCGAUCGGUUAACUCCCAAUGUUUGUUGCCCCUCAGACCCUCAAUGGUCGUGAGUGCGUCCAGGGUCGGGGGCGGGUCGAGAGGAGGGGGGAAGGGUGGAUGAGUGAGUGGUGCAUGAGUCCUUGUGACGGGCUGUCUCGCUGUGCCGGUCAGCCGAACCCCUUGUUGGAAGGUGAUGGUCUCCAGGGUCCCUCCUUUCAUGUUGGCUGCAGCACGUCGGCCGGCAAUGUGGCCCUCCACCAUGGCCACAAACACGUCCAGACACCACCGAGCAGCGCCGAACGGAUAGCGGACGGUGACUGACAUGAGGCGGGUGAGUCGGGCGGCCAGCUGGGUGACGAAUUCGAGAUGGACGUGCUGCCAAAACGACCGUUCCUCCUUGGUUGCUGAGCUGAUGGUGACGUCCGAGAGGUCCGGUGCCGCCUGCUGCCAGAUGGACUUGGACAGCUGCACCAUCAGGUGGAGGGGGAGGAAGGCCAUCAUGUAGCUGAGAACGCCCUCCUGCAACACAAACAACCACACAGCACACGGGACGGCAAGAGAAGUCCAGCAGUGCACACAUGGCCCUCAGCGCGCCAGUGCCACGCACCGUGUCAGUGAUUUGUCGGGGAAGGAGGCGCUCCCUCUCUUGCCGCCGCCGCUGCCGCUCAUCACUCGCAACACCACUACCGCCACCAACACUACCACCAGAUGCAGCAGCAGCUGCCGGCGCGUCACCCUGCACCCAUACACCCAACACACAAACACAGCCAGCACCCCUCUGGUGAAAUGCGCCAUCCAUUGCAAGCGGUGCUGCCAUGCGCCUCACCUGUCUACCCUCCUCCAUUGCUAGAUGUAGAUUUGCGCUGCGAUGUCCCUCCCUGACGCACAAACACACAGCCCAUGGGGGCCGCACUGAUGGGAAAUUCGCCUUCUCUCUGAAUGGCGUACCUCAGGAACGACAGACGCGAUGAUUCUUCUCACAAUUGCUCAGAAUUUUGCUUAGUCAACCACAUCGAUUCGGCCAGGUCACCGUGAGGUCGACGAACGAACGAACGAGGCCGGGGGUUAAGGAACGAACGAG